AUGGCAGAUGAUCAUGACCCAUCCACUCGGCAACGAGAAAGAGAAAAUGCCCUUCACAUGGGUCCGAGGAAAAAAGCUUGCCUUUCGGAUCCUCUUGUGCACCAUGGGCACCAUUUCGGCAGGACUGUGCACACACUCACAAAUGUGCAAGCACUUAUCACUAACGGUCUUCUUCGUAUGAGUGAACUUGCAGAGCAACCUGAGGAUAUGUUCACCAACGAAGAAAGAAGAGAGCACAAAAUUUUUGUCACGCUCCUUCAAAUGAUUCCAGGUCUCGAAGAACGCCUAAUAAAUGGCUCUGAAGAAGAGGUGGCAGUAGUUGCAAGUCUGAUACAGAAAGGUGCUGCUAGUGCGAGGUCCGACGACACGAAAAGCCUGAAGGGCGCCAUCCUGGAUUGGAUCACUUCGAAGGGUCAGUCUCUUUAUCCACCGCUCUCACGUAAUGUGAAAGUGGAUCGUGGAUUCCACCACGAGCGUACUGGAUCUUUGUUAUGUCCAGCUGGUAUGGACUGGUCCAACGAUGAGACUAAGCAGCUGUUGCGAGAUGGGGAAACGGUGAUCUCCGGUGACCAAUGGCCCAUUUUCUUGUACCGUAACUCGAUAUACGAUGCGGAAGACCCGUGGAAUGGUCUUUUUCGUAGCGGCCUUCUCGUUUCGGUGUACAAACAUAUCUUCACGUCGCCUAGUUCUGUCGAGAGAGAACCGAAGGCUACUCGAGCUGGUAAUGCGCGUAUACAUGGAAUGACUAAAGUUACCCCAGCUUCCAUUGGUUAUGUUGCCACUCAGGUUCGAUUCGCUUUGUCUUCAUCUCCCGUAUUUUCCAGGACAGACACAGCCACCGACUCAGAGCGUUUUUACAAUUCGAUUCUUGAUUUGUUUGAAGAUGUUGAUGAGCAAGAAGAAGUCAACGAACUUCUGUUGUGGUGGAACCGUCAGGUGUUUCCGAACUCCUCGACUGCGCGGAGGCCAGUGUCGAAGAAUAGUGCUUUGGCUAAGAUCAGAGAGAGGCGAGCGGCACUGAAGGCCACUGCAAUUGCCAGCGGCAGCAGCCGGUGA